AUGAAGAUGAACUCUGAAGAUAUCAAUGGGAAAUUAGUGUCCGAUUACAAGAAAACAUUUAGCCAACAUAUUCAACAUGCAGCUAGCGACGAUAGUAUUCGCCUUCGUCUGGAUCGAUCCUUAUACGAUGAACUUGAUCAACGGCACGUACUCGAAUAUCCGCAAUGUCCGGCCGGCAUCGGACUUCAUUUGAUUCGACAAGGUGAACUUGGCUUAUGCAUGAUGAAUCUUACUCCGAAAUUUCUUGCACCUGGUCGAUAUACAUUCUUGUCGCCGUUUAACCAUUUUCUCGGACUGGUUAACAUCAGUGAUAAAUUGAUAACAUUAGGCAACAUUCAAAUUGUAAUAAUCAAUCAGGACGAGCUUGGUUUGAGUCUUCGAAAUGGAGAGACCAUCCUACUUGAUCCAGGUCGAUAUAUUUUAACAGCGCCGCAUAUUUUCGUAAAGAGUACUCAAGCAAAUGCUCAGUACAUUGAACUGGGAACGUAUCGACGGAUAACCGUGCCCGUCGGCUUUGUAGCCGUUGCAUUCGAUAUUGGGAAACAGAUUAUCAUUCGACCCGAAGACACCGAAUCAGGUCCAUUCGAAACCAAUUCGCCUACAUUUCUAUUUGAUAAAGAUAAUGGCUUUCAAUCUGUACAACUCCAAGUAAGAGAACUUGAUGAACUAAAGGUCAACACUCGAGAUGGUAUUACAAUCACUGCCAAAGGCCUGAUUACCUAUCGAAUUCAUGAUCCACGAAUAGCAUUCAUGACGGUGCAAGAUAUUCACGGAGCAGUGAAACGAGCGGCCGAAGCCAUGCUCACAUCGCUCUUUUUGAAUGCAGCCAUCGAUGAAAUUGCCCCGCCUGUUCCAAAAAAGUCAGCCGGUGCGAACCUGAUUAAUCUAAAGUCUACUGAAGACAAUGAAAACUUCAAUCAGCAUAUUCGUGAUGCUUUUCUUCAUGAAUUCUCCCAUAAAGUCAACCAAUGGGGCAUUGAACUACAAGAUUUGAACAUUGAAAAGCUUGAAUUCGAUAGCAGUGUCAAAGAGCUACUUCGUAAACGUGCACAAGCUCGCGUUGAAACAGCAACGAGUCUAGCCAAUAUGUGUUCCCAAACUGAAAUUGCCAUGCAGGAAGCUAAUCGGGCCAAACAACAGGCACAAAUCCAAGCUGAAGCAUCAGCGUUCGUGACACGAACAAAGGCUGAUGCCGAUUUCUACGCGGCUCAGCAGCAUGUCGAAGCGGCCAGAUUAUUGCAGGAAGUACCACUGUCAGCUCAACUUGAACUUAAACGACUUGACGUCGAGAUAAUAAAAGCGACUGGCGAACGAACAACAUUUAUGCCCAUGAACAUGCAAAUAGGAGAUAUCGGAAUGGUAGACAAAAAAAAUGAAAAGAUAUAUUGGGCAUCGAACAAUGUACUCAAGAAUUGA